AUCGGAGAAUGCGUGACGCAGAAAACGAAUAGGCACUAUUAUUGCUUGAUGGGCAAGCAGAAGAAGAAAGUACCAGCUCUGAUCGGAAGACUCUACAGCAAGAUCGGAAUAUAUAUGUUUGGCGCGAUGAGCACCUAUCUAUUGACAGAUGUAGCAAAGUACUCAGUGGGAAGGCUACGGCCCCAUUUUAUUGAUGUAUGCAGACCCGACAAAUCAACGUAUAACUGUUCACAGGGUUAUGUGACGUCAUUCAUAUGUACGAAUUCCGACACAUUCUUAAUUAAACAAAGCAGAUUAUCUUUCGUAUCUGGCCACUCGUCGUUUGCCACGUUCUCCAUGCUGUUCCUGGCGAUUUAUGUCCACGUGACGUUACCUUCUAAGCUGGGGUCAAUGCCAAAAGCCCUUCUGGAGCUCAUCGCCAUAUCCCUGGGUAUUUACACCUGCUUCACCCGAAUAUCUGACUAUAAGCACCAUUGGAGUGAUGUAUUGGCUGGGGGCUCCCUCGGCAUCAUCGUCUGUUUAAUUGUGAUCUAUAAAUUAUCGGACUUCUUCACACCAGAAAAUCGAGAGAACUAUGAACUCACUACUUACAAAAUCCCGGAUGCACGAAGUAUAUCACAAGCUUCAUCAAGUUCAGGCUGUGAGACAGCUGUUACUCUUGACAACCAUCGCUAGUUUCACUUCGAUCAUGAAACAAUUGCACUAGAAGUAUUCCAACAUGUCUUGCAGAAAAAAGACUUAAAAAAAAAA